GAGCAGCCCGGCGGUCCCAGGGCCCCAGCGCCGGGGGCGGAAGGGAACCCCAGACGCAGCGGGUCUGGAGAGGUCCCCGCGCCCUGCGAGCCGCCGCCUCCGCGGGCUGGCAUCCGCCCCGCCGCCAGCUCCCGCGCCCCGCUGUCGCUCGCCGGCCAGUCGCCCGCGCGCCAUGCAACCUCCUCCUGUCCCGCGCGCGUAGGCGCCCGCCGCAGGCCAUGCUGCCCCUGCUCGCCGCGCUGCUGGCCGCAGCCUGCCCACUGCCGCUGGCCCACGGAGGGGCUGCGGACGCGCUGGGCUUCCUCGGGGCGCCCUCCAACGCUUCGGUCAAUGCGUCGUCCGCGGACGAGUCCGUCGCCCCGCGGCUGCUGGCCUCGGCGGCCCCGGGGUCCCCCGAGCGUCCGAGCCCGGAGGAAGCGGCGGCGGCGACACCUUGCAACAUCAGCGUGCAGCGGCAGAUGCUGAGUUCGCUGCUUGUGCGCUGGGGCCGCCCGCGAGGCUUCCAGUGCGACCUGCUGCUCUUCUCCACCAAUGCGCACGGCCGCGCCUUCUUUGCCACCGCCUUCCACCGAGUCGGGCCGCCGCUGCUAAUCGAGCACCUGGGGCUGGCAGCGGGUGGCGCGCAGCAGGACCUGCGCCUCUGUGUGGGCUGCGGCUGGGUGCGCGGCCGCCGCCCUGGCCGCCUCCGGCCCGCCGCGGCCACUGCCACCGCCGGGGCGCCCACCGCGCUGCCCGCCUACCCAGCGGCAGAACCGCCAGGGCCGCUGUGGCUGCAGGGCGAGCCGCUGCAUUUCUGCUGCCUGGACUUCAGCCUGGAGGAGCUGCAGGGCGAGUCGGGCUGGCGGCUGAACCGCAAGCCCAUAGAAUCCACACUGGUGGCCUGCUUCAUGACCCUGGUCAUCGUCGUGUGGAGCGUGGCCGCCCUCAUCUGGCCAGUGCCCAUCAUCGCCGGCUUUCUGCCCAACGGCAUGGAGCAGCGCCGGACCACCGCCAGCGCUACCGCGGCCGCCCCCGCUGCAGUGCCGGCGGGGACCACCGCGGCGGCUGCCGCCGCCGCCGCUGCAGCCGCUGCCGCUGCGGCUGUCACCUCGGGGGUGACCACCAAGUGACUCGCUCGGCUCCUCCCUGCGUCCUCCCUGUGUCCGCGCUCGUGGGUGCCUUUCUCGCUGGGAGACUCGGCAGGUGUGCUUCGUGCUGUAGUUAUCGUUAGUUCUUUUUCCGGGGAGGGGGCCGCAGGAGAGCCCCAGCGAUUUUGAAAAGCCAGGUUUGUGCUGCGCUUCCUGUUCGGAAAAGCAGGUGCAAGCCUUUGGACUGAGGGGUGGGAUCCACAGCUCCGAAGACAGAGCAGGGAAAAGGGGCCCUUUCCCCUCUGUUGCAUCCCCUGCCCGCCUUCCUCCCCGCACCCACGUGCCCUUUAUUCAUGGCAGAAAAAUGACCAAAUCCUGUGUAUUUGUUUUAUAUAUUUAAUAACUGUUUUAAAUGAAAGUUUUAGUAAAAAAAAAACAAAACAAAAAGAUUAAAUUGCUAUUGCUGUAGUAAGAGAAGCUCUUUGUAUCUGAACAUAGUUGUAUCUGAAGUUUGUUGUUUUUUAAUUUAUUUUAAAGGGGGGGGAGGGCAUGGGAAGGAUUUGACACCGAUAUAUUGUUAUCGCUAAAAAUGAACUUUAAGAACCUUUUCCAAGUCGAUUUAUCCAGUGACGUGGCCUGGUGGGCGUUUCUUCUUGUACUCCUGUGGAUUUUUGGCUUUUAAUACAGACAUUUUCCUCCAGA